AUGUCAUCUGACUUGGACUUUGACACUCUGCCCCCAUCGCCGAAGCACAAGAACAAAAAGAACAACACUGAUGAGCUACUUCAAGCAGUUAGUGUCCACAAGAUGAAGAAGAUGAAAAGACUAGAAAACGGGAAGGUGAAGUCAGAUCCAAUGGAGAUAUACCGGAAUGCAGGACGAAAAGUCUCGUGUGUUCUCGAUCUCUUUGCCCUACCCUCUGUUGCUUUUCAUAGUGGUCUUCAACAUGACCGUGGAGGUAAAAUCAAUGAUGACCUAACUGAAGAAAUGAAGAGACGCCAUCUCCACCUGUACGAAGGGAUCCUCAACAUCAUACCAAGCCUCCGUGACGAGCUCGACACAAUUUCCAGUGACAAACUGUCGAAAAUCAUCUCUGCGAUCACCAAGGGGAUGAGUGACGCGCGAUCAAUGGCAUUUAGCUCUAUCAAACACAAAGGACUCAAGUAUGUGCCUCUGAACAUGCACAGCAAAGUGGACGCCCUCGAUCCUCCAAUACCUGAAGUCGAAGAUAAGUCGAUAGGAAUGGAGAAAUUACAGUCAGGAAAGCUCAAAAUGACCGCAAUGAAUUGGCCGACGGGGUUCUAUGAAGACGGCGUCUAUGAUUCGCAGGACAAAACCAAAGGUAUGUUUAGAAACCAUGUUGUUGCACGUUUCUACACGCACUUGUAUAUUGGCCCAUCAGCUGCAAUGGCUGAGUCUACCACUAGCAAGGCCUCGAAGAUGGCAAGAAAUCGUGUGUUUGGGUUGACAUCCGUCACCAAAAAUAUUAUUGCCAUCGUUCACAUCAUUACAUACUUCACUCUUAGUCAUGCGCAGACUUGGACGAACGAAAUCGGCACAAUGAAUCUCGAGGAGUUGUUUUGGGCCAUCAUCGACAUGCUUGAUGAUGACGAGGACCCAUGGGUUCAAGACACCAUCUUGUGGUGGAACGCCCGCGUUGGAUCAGGUGUUCAUCAGGCCAAAUUCAUCAAGAAACCGUCCGACUCAGAUGAUGACUCGGAUCAAGAAAACGACAUCGCCGAGAUCAAGGCUCAGUCAAAACGGCCAGCAGCUGCAGCAUUGUUCGACAAUCACGAGCCUCAGUGUCCUCCUGUCGAAAAAACUUCCACUGCUCCGCUCCCUCGACCUGUGAAACCAAAGCCUCGGCCUCGACCUCAACCAGCAGCUCAACUUGAAGAGUCCAGUGACGAGGAUCCUGUACCUGUGGUACCACCUUCGACAUGCCCAGCAUCAAAGAAGAUUCGAACUGAGCACCAUCGACUCCCCGAAUCUGACGAGGAUCUUGAGUAUCGUGCACUGUCACCUUCUACACCCCCUGCGAAGAAGACUCAACCCCACUCUCAAACUGCCAAGCGCCCUCGACCCGCACUCGUCGAGGAUGACGAGGAACCUGCACAGUUGUCCUCCCCACCUCCAGCAAAGAAGAUUCAAUCUGACUCUCCUCUACCCCCACUUACCGAGGAUGAAGAUGACGAGCCCUCGCCUCCGCCACCACCGAAGCCUACGAAACAGGCAAAGAAAGUAGCACCUCGCCCCGUUGUCCCUUCCUCCCCUCAGCCUGCUGCAACAAAGCUCAGCUUGAAGAUAAAACUCACCCCGGCUAAUCCGCCAUCCAUCGAGGAUGAAGACAUCACUCCCGACGCACCAGUCGCAUCGAAGAAAAAAGGGAAGAAGACCUCUCCUACCGAAGCUACCAAACGAAACCCUCCUCGCCACAAGAAACGGACGAAUGGCUUCUAG